AUGGCUCAAAGCAAGAGCGCCGCCUAUGAUUAUCUUAUAAAGCUUUUGUUAAUUGGUGACUCAGGUGUUGGUAAAAGUUGUUUGUUGCUUCGCUUUUCCGAUGACUCGUUUACUCCUUCUUUUAUCACUACUAUUGGAAUCGACUUUAAAAUCCGAACGAUCGAAUUAGACGGUAAACGAAUCAAGCUCCAGAUUUGGGAUACUGCAGGUCAAGAACGUUUCCGUACUAUUACGACCG